AUCAAGAUGGUUGUUUGCAAGAAGUGGAAGCAGUUGGUGAUAGGUGAAAGUUUUUAUUGAAAAUAAAGUGAACUUUUGAUUGAAAUCGGCUGAAAUUAGUAUUAAAACUACGUUUUGUUCGUUGGCCAUCGAAAUUGAGUAUUGAACACGAAAUAGAGCGGUGCAUUUUGUCCUGGGAAGCGAUCAUAGCAUUCCGCGCCUUCUGCACUUAAGUUGCUAGGAGCGGCUGUUAGAAACACCUGGAGAAAAAUGGCACUGCUGAAUGGAGCUCGUUUGAGUGUCCUCCGGAAGAAUUCCGACGAUGUCACUCAAGAAGUGUUGAUCCGGACCAGUCAGAUAAAGAUCGGAUCCGAAGUAAACUGUACCAUCCGUCUGAAGAGUGAACUGGCGGAGAAGUUACACUGUAAAGUUUUUGUCAAAAAUGAGAAGGUUUUCAUUGCAAAUUAUUCCUUAAAACAUCCCAUAUCUGUUGACGGAAAACUGAUUCCAAAGCGCGCAAUAUUGAAUGAUGGGUGCCUUAUAGAAAUAUGUCGAACGCGAUUUCGUUGGACCUUUGACACAACCCUUCUACAAGCUCGAACGGAGAAGGUUAAAAAGGCAGAAAGAACUCCAACCAGUUCAAAGCUCGGCAAACCUAGACGCACGACAAUAGUCCGCAAGAAACAGAUAAUCGAACAUGCGGAACAUGCCGUUGGUUCCAGCGGUAGAAAAUCAGGUCCGAAAAAAUCCCAGAAAACACCAACAUACACUCUACCUAAAAACAAUAAACAGCUAUUGAAGAACAUAAAAAAGAGAUUUACAAUGCACAGUGUUAUGGUUGAUCAUAAUUCCGACGAUGACGAAGAAAUAGACGACGAAGAUCACGAUCAUAAUGAAAGUACUGCUACGGAAUCGAACAUCGACCAUGAUAUAAGUGAUACUCCCAGAAAACUUGCUCCUCCUGAUAUAUCGAAGAAUAAUACACCAUUCUAUACACCAGAUCUGGAGAAGGAAAAUCAAACUCCCGUAGCAGUUGGUAAAACUCCGGGAACCCCAAAGGCUCAGGCCUUACAAUUGGAAAACUCUGCCAUGAUGAUUCUGUCGUACACGCCAGUCGUUGGUCCUCGUUCCAAAGUUAAUGUUGCGAAAACGCCACUAUCAUCAAACAAAAAAACUACACACGCUCUACGUUCUGGCUUCUUGACGCCUAAAAAUAACAACAUCUCGACCGUUGCGACCACUUUGAACUCGCCAAAUGUUUCUAAAGUGGGCAGUUCUAUGUACCUUAUCGAUCUUACAACUCCAAACUCAAAAAACAGCAGCUAUGCCAGUAAUCGAUCGGAUCAGUCAUUUUCAUCGCCAGCUGGAUUAAUCGAUCUUACAACUCCCCCUUCGAAAAAGUCAAAAACUCCAUCAUCUGCCAUUGCCAAGUCGUCCCAGAAAGGAUUGCUACGCUCGGCUCUGAAAAAUGCCAGGCAAACUCCUCUUUCCGCGUUGCGUUCUGGCUACGCGACUGGUACUCCAAAACAUGUCCCGAAAUAUAUGCUCGAGGAUUCGGUGAGUAAAUCUCCGAAAACACCGGGAAAAAGCAUUAGAACUCUACUGACUCCGUCAAGCAGUUCUAAGAACAAAACUCGCAGUCAAAUGACAACGCCAAUUAUGAAUAAAACAUUCGAUUCACCCGUUACCGCUCACUCUCAAAAGCCACAAACGCCACAACAUAAGGGCGAACACGGCGGCGAAACUGAUACGCCAAAAGAACCACCGGUUAUGACUACAGAUGAACUGUUCGAUACGUUAGUGGGUAGGCAAUCCAUCAAGAAAACAUAUUCAAGGAAAUCCGAAUCUCCGAAAAAGCUGCCGUCUCCAUUGGUCCCAGUGGAAGGGUCGUGCGAACUUCCGAAAACUGAUAUCGACAUUUGGGUAGAAUCGGUCGUGGCUGCCGUCACUAGCCCGGAAUCUCUGGAUGCGGAAUCUUUUAUGAAAAUGCCCAACCGUACGACGCAAGUUCGUUCAUCUCAAUACUCCGAUAUAACUCCGCAUGAAUCUUUCACAGAUGCACCAGUUGCAGUAGCAAUUGAAAUGCCUCCAACGGACAAAUCUCAAGAGAACACAAGCCCUGACGAAGUGUCGGCAAUUAUCAGCGAAGGUGAAAUCGAAAAGCAUGAUAAACCAAAUCCUGCUUGGACCCGCAGAAGUCAUACGCCCUUAGCGAGUAAAAUCGUUCGCUCACUGGGCUACAAACGGCAAACGAUCGGAAACUUUUUCACCAACAUGUUUGGAAAAUUGACUGUCAGUCCGGUGACCAGAGUAAGCAUUACUGGUGAGAACAGUGACGAGGUAACAGAAGAAACCCAUCAACCCGACCUGGAUCGUAGCUCAGAAUCCGAGAUUUCAGAAGAGGAAUAUCACGACAGCGAAUCAGACCAGCAGAUAGAUGUAGCUGUUCAAUCCGAGGGCAUCAAUCCUAGUCCAAAACUGCGUCAGUCUUUGCGGGAUACUAGAAGGUUUAUCGGAAAUGCGUUGACUUCAUUGAAUACAUCUAAACUGACGUUAGACAACUCAGUUGAAAUCGACGAAAGUCUACUGUUGAGUGAAACCUACGACGACAAUGUAGUCAACCAAAGCGCAUUGGUGGAAGAAAAUUAUGAUUUGACUGAUCUCAGUGCUCGACCGGAAACGGCACACCUGAUUGACGUGCCGUGUGCUGUUACUCUUGAUGAACAUUCACAGCCCUCGACAUCCGCAAGGAAAUCUGCUAGAAAGGUCGUUCAUCCGGAUUUUAGAUCAGAGAUAUCUCCUACGGACAACGAUACACAACCGCUUUCGCCACGGGUUGUCCAUCAGUCACGUACAUCUGUUUCCCUUUCUACGCCAUCAGUUCGAAAGAAUAUUCGUCAAACGCUGGAUGUUGACAUUAGUCCUCUGGCCGUCCCCCUUCAGCUCACACCAGUCAAGGAUUCCCGGAAAUCCGUUAUAAAUUGUUCGAUGACCGAUCAAGAAGUUUCAACGUGCGUCAUCGAUGAACCCCACCAGGCACCGGUUACUGCUGCACGUGAAAGUGUCUUGGUUGAUACUAGUCCUGAUGCUGAUACUGCUAUCACAGAGAAGAGAAAAUCAUUUGUCUCGAGACGGAGCUCCAGAAAAUCUAUUGUACAUAAUUCUAUUUCCGACACAGGAGCUUCCACGGAAGAAUCAAAGGACCACUCAAGCGUUUCUGACACGGAAUCGUCCGACGUUAAUUGUCCGGUGGAAACGACUGAGAGUGCAACACCUCUGCGUUCUCGUCUAUCCAUGCGCGUUUCCAGAAAUUCGACGGUCAAUGUCGAAGCGCAACAGUUGGAACCUGCGGAGGAAUGGAUUCGGGAUGGAUUGCAUCCCUCUGCGGACGUUUCUUCUGUUGAUCACAUUAUCAACACAUCUGCUACUGAAAGUACUACACCAAACCUCGAAGAGGGUACAGUACGUGGAGAAGUCCAAAACGGAAAUGACGCAUCUGUUGCAAAUAAUUCUGGCGUCGAUAACAACGAACUGGAGCAAUCAAUCAAUCUCGAGGACGCUGAAGAGGUCACAUCCACGAGGCGUUCUCGUUCCAUAAAAAUACAUAGUACUGUCCCAACAGAGAAUACGGAACAAAUCACUUCAAAUCAAUCGACCACUGAAUGUGUCGCAUCCAAAAAUAUUUCUCACUCUAGGAGAGCUACGUUUUCGUCUUCAACUCCACUGCAAGAGGAGGUGGGAAUGAAGUUAGCAAGCCCUGAACCGACCUUAGGACUGCAAAUGAUGUCGUCUGCUAAGCGAAUUACUCGAAAGUCAUUAGCAGUUACUGCUGCUAGUUUACCAAAUGCUAGUCGGACUAUCAGCACAAUGAUUAUGAGUGAACCUAAACUAUCACUUCGGGGAAUUCGAUUGCCGGCAAGCUUACGUCUCAGUUUUCACGACCCAUCCAUGGAUGAUCUUAGCAGCUCGCCCGACAAAACUUUAACGGAAAACCCUGUCAUUGACGAAGGUAAUACAGUUCAACAAAUCGGUCCAGAAACGAUCAGUCCCACUUCCAACUCAGACUCGCCGGACAACGUCUCCUCCGCCGCUGGUGACAAUGAAGAGUUAAUGGAAGCCAACCAUGAUUCAUUGUCUACGUCAACUUUGGAAGCUGUAGACGCUGAAGUAAAAAACUUAAACGAAGAUAAACACCAAGAUCAAUCGACCGUAUCUGAAAUGGUUUCCAACACACCUGUUCGCCGAGGAAGGAGUUCUCUCCGACAAAGUCGAACGUCUACAGGUAAAAGCGAUAACGAUAGACUGAGUGCAUCGAUGGGAAAACCGGUAAAAAAUCCAACGAAUGGUACACCGAUUUUUAGAAAAGCUAUCUUUGCCAUGUGUACCCCAUCGCGUACAUCCGGUUAUUCAGAUGCCCCUGGAUUACGUGCGAUGGCAGCUGGUCAGGUAACUAAAGAAAUGACACAAGUUCGUACAGAAUCCAAACCAGGAACUCGUGCGCGUUCUACAAGAAGAUCAACUAUUGGUGCAAAGGAAUCAACUCCCGCGAAUCGUAAUCCAGAAAUAGAUGCUCAAAAUGAGUUCGCUAUUGUGGAUGUUGCAGCAAGUAUUAGGUCACCCAAUAAGGAUUCGGAGCAAACGUCAAUGCCGACUGAAGGUUUACGACCAGAUUCCUCACCGAUAAUCUAUACACCACGUACACGAGGAAGGGCUUUGAAAACUGAAACACCGAUCGCUGCGCCUGUAUUAAUUGACUUUGAAUUCGAAACUGGUAUUAAAACACCGGCAUCUGUGAGAAAGUCCCAACUGAUAACUUCGGCAGCGACUUCUUCUGCUGACAAGAGUAUAAGCAUUCAGAUAGUGGAAGAAAUUCACGAUUCAAUCGUUGAACAAGUCGUGACAAAAUCAGAGGUUUUCACGCCAUUCGAGGAGUUCAGCGAAAACGUUGCAACUUCAUCGAAGAUUGAAUCCAUGCCUGAGCAUUCCAUCGAAGUCGGCAGCCCUCUGCCAGAAUCAUGCUCAAGAAAGUCAACGGUUAGUGCACGCCAAAGCAUAGUCAAUGCUGAAACAGAUCCUCAAAACGAAUCCACAAUUUCGGAAGUUAGCGAAAACAUUGAAACUCCAUCAAUGUACACUUCGGAACAAACGUCAAUGUCAACUGACAUCAUAGACGAACCUGCAACAGUUCCAUCAACGGUAGAACAUACGCCGCUUACACGAGAAAGGUUAGUUAGUGGUAAAACAUCAGGAUCUACACGAAAACCCCUGCUGACGACUCCUGCAGGCACUCGUUCUGCUAAUGAAAGUGGAACGAUGUUGCAAGACCAAAUUCUCGAUUCAUUCGUUGAUCAACAAGAUGCUUCGAUAACAGAGCCUGAGGUUUUCACACCAUCUGAGGAGACUUCUGUUAUGAGAGAAAACGCUACUGAUGCUUCAAAGGUAGCAUCCUUUCCUGAACGCAUCAGCCCUGCACGAGCAUCGCGUUCUUCAAGAAGAUCAACGAUUAGUACAAAUGACUCGAUACUUACGUGUAGUGAUGCAGAACCAGGUGUUUCAAAUGAGUUCGCUGUUUCCGAUGUUCCUGUAAUCAUUGGUUCAUCACCGAAACAAACGGAAAUGUGGACUGGAGGAAACUUGCAAACAUCUAUAUCAGCAUCUCCAUCGGUAAUUCGUACGCCACGGGUACGUGCUAGUGCGACGAAAAUUGCAAUAUCAGCCGUCUCUCCUGUGUCCGUUGAUUUUGAGCACGGUGCUGCUGUUAAAACACCAGCAUCUGUCAGAAAAUCUCUGCUGAUCAGCCGUUCCGCUAAUAAGAGGGCUACAGUGGCAGAACAAAUUUCCGAAUCGAUCGUUGAACAACCAGAUGCGUCAAUAAAUGGAGCUGAGGCUCCGACGCCAUCGAAGGAAUCAUUCUUCAUAAGUGAAGAUGUGACACAACCUGAACUGGCGAUCGAAGAUGAAAGUUCUGUUCGAGCAUCUCUUUCAAUGGUAGAACACACAUCAGAAUCAAUCGUUGAACAACCAGAUGUGUCAAUAAUAGAGCCUGAGGUUCUGACGCCAUCAAAGGAAUCAUUCAUCAUAGACGAUAAUGUGGCAGAACUUGAACAGUUGAUUGAAGACGGAAGUCCUCUUCGAGCAUCUUUUUCAACAAGGUCAACAAUCGCUGCUAAGGAAUCAACACCUGCCCGUCAGAACAUAGUCGAUGUUGAACCUGGUGCUCAAAAUGCGACAGUUGUAUUAAAUGUCACACCGUCAAUUCAGAGUUCAGAACAAAUGUCAAUGUUGGCUCAACACUUGCACAAAUCGGUAGCUACUUCAUCACCGGUAAUUCAUACGCCACGUACACGAAGAAGGACUUUGAGAAUGGGAACUUCGUUCGCUACGCCUCUGUUGGCUGAAAUUGAACUCGGAACCAGCAUUAAAACGCCAGUAUCAGUAAGUCACGUGCAAGUUCACGAUUCAGCCGUUGAACAACAAGAUGUGUCAAUAGCAGAACCUGAGGUGUUAACACCAUCUAAGCAGACUUUCGUUAUCAGUGGAAACACUGCUAGUGUUUCGGAGGUAGGAUCCACCCCUGAAUACAGCAGCCCUGCACGAGCAUCGCGUUUUUCAAAAAGAUCAACUAUUGUUUCCCUUGAUGCUGAUAAGAGGGCUACAAUGGUACAACAACUAGCUGAAUCGGUCGAUGAACAACCAGAUGCGUCAACAACAGAACCAGAGGUUUUCACACCAUCUAAGGAUACUUCUGUUAAGACUGGAAAUGCAGUUGAUGCUUCAAAGGUAGUAUCCACUUCUGGACACAUCAGCCCUACACGACCAUCGCGUUCUUCAAGAAGAUCAACGAUUGGUACAAAUUAUUCGAAACUUUCGUGUCGUGAUGCAGAACCAGAUGAGCUCGCUGUUUCCGAUGUUACUGAAAGCAUUGAUGCAACCCCCAAACAAACGGGAAUAUCGACUGGGAACUUGCAAACAUAUAUGUCAGCUUCUCCAUCGGUAAUCCAAACGCCACGUGUAUGUGCUAGUGCGACGAAAAUUGCAACAUCGACCGUCUCUACUCCUUUGUCGUAUGAUUUUCAGCACGGUGGUAGUGUUAAAACACCAGCAUCUGUAAGGAAAUCUCUGCUGAUCAGUCGUUCUGCUAAUAAGAGGGCUACAAUGGCAGAACAACUUUCCGAAUCGAUCGUUGAACAACCAGAUGCGUCAAUAAAUGAAUCUGAGGCUCCGAUGCCAUCGAAGGAAUCAUUCUUCAUAAGCGAAAAUGUGACACGAGCAUCGCUUUUAAGGACAUCAACAAUUGGUGCUAAGGAAUCAACACCUGCGCACCAGAACAUUGUCGAUGUUAAACAUGGUGAUCAAAAUGAGGCAGCUGGCUUGUCAAUGUCACUGUGGGUUGAACACUCGCAAAAAUCGGUAGUUGCUUCCUCAUCGGUAACCAAUACGCCACGUACACGAAGGAGGACUUCGAUAAUUGGAAAUCCGUUCGCUACGUCCCUGCUGGCUAAUGUUGAACACGGAACCAGUAUUAAAACACCAGCAUCAGUAAGGAAAUCCCUGUUGACGACUCCGUCAGGCACCCGUUCUUUUACAGAAAGCUCUAAAGUUGUGUUUCACGAGCAAAUGUACGAUUCAAUCGUUAGACAACAAGAUGCGUCAAUAAGAGAACCUGAGGUAUUCAAACCAGCUAAGGAGACUUCUGUUAUGACUGGAAGUGCUGCUGAAACGUCAAAGGUAGCAUCCACUCCUGAACAGUCAACCGAAAGCGUGGCACCAUUUUGUGUUGAAUCCAAGGACAGUAUCCCUACGCGAGCAUCUCGUUCUUCCAGAAGAUCAACGAUUGGUGCAAUGGAAUCGAAAGAGAUUGUUGAACAUGCUAUAGUGCAAGUUUCAUCACCACAUCCACAAUCACCGGAGCAAGACUUGAAAGAAUCGUCAAUAGCUUCCUCACCGACAAAACAUACGCCACGUACAAGUGGAAGACUUUCAAAAAUCGGUACACCAGCCUUAGUAGUGGAGAAAGGUGUAAGAACGCAUGCGUCCGUGAGAAAAUCCUUACCGACAACUCCGACGAAGCAUUUACAAGAGAAAUUCAACGAAUCAGUCAAUGCACAACAUGAUAUCACAAUUUCAAAGGACGAGCUUCUAACGCCGGUCAAAGAGAUAUCGACGGUUGAAUAUCGAACCGUUGAAUUUACUCCGGAGUUAACUUAUGCGUCCCGGGAUCUCGAUUGUGUUGUUACACCAGCGUUGGACACGAUUUUCAAAACUCCUCUACCAAUCCGCGGUACGCGAACCCCACAAGCAGCAGUGAAACGAACUCCGGCGUCAACUAAUGAGGAGAAGCAGUUGUCGAAAUCAGUUGCUUCUGGAACUCCAGUACAGGAAACUCGUUCAACCAGAAAGAGCAGUCAUGAAUUGGAUGCAGAUGAUCGCAAAGUAUCCAUUUCGCCGCAAAUUGAGGCAGUUCACGAUGAUGAUUUGAUCAACCAGACAGACGAACUGUCCAUAAGUCACGACACGAAUAUUCGCCGUUCGACAAGAUUUAGUACCUCUGCGCUAGCCAAUGACAACGCAGAACAUCAAAACAGCAGAACUUCCGAAUAUAGUCUGAGCUCAUCCAUGAUGGUUGGUCUUUGCGACUCGCCCCUGACCGUGACGGAUGCUAACAUCACUGCAGCUCCAUUCGUAAUUGAAGAAACGCCAAUUAUAUCCGUUGGACCAUCUGUAAAUAUGAGUAAUGUGUCUGGAAAGACAAGCUCUGUCGAUGUUUGUCCUGACUUGUUGAAGCAUCUUUGCGAACGGGUCAUUACUUUGGAACAUGAGUUGGACAUUCUGGCAGGCGAUUCUGCCAACUCAGUCAAUGUUCUGCAAUCACUGGAUGAAACUGCGGCAAACUGUACUGACACUUUGAUGGGAAUCCAAAAACUACUGGAAACGCCAUCAGCAACAUCUACGCUCAGAAAGAAACUACGAUCUUCCACUAUUCCGACAGAAUUGAGGGAAACAUCAAAUUUGGAUGGCGUCGAGCAACUGUUGAAAACACCGAUCGGUAAGAAGUUGUUGCGAACUCCAGAGACCGUUUCUGUGGGUACGUCGAUAACAACAACUGCGCAUUCUGAACUUGACGAAACAGCACAGGAUAGCAUUGGCUAUCUAGACGGUAUCCAAAAGCUUAUGGAAACACCAGUGAGCUUGGCGGUCCGAAGAAAGAAACUGCAAAAAAAUCCUGCUAUUGAUUUAAGCAGUUCUUACCAUUCGACUCUCAAUACCACUGUCGAUUUGGAAGAUGUUGGGCAAUUUCUAAAAACUCCUACGGUAAGUUCUGUAAUGAAGAUAAAGCUUACUAGAACUACACCCGAUAUUUCAAUACAGUUGGAAGGUGUUCACGAGUUGUUGAAGACUCCGGUAGCUGUUGCUGAUGAUGCGAACGAACGACUGGAUAACAGUCCCGUCGCUAUGGAAGGUAUACAACGAAGACUGACUCCAACAGCUAGUUGUGUUGUUUCGUCCUCUGAUAGAAGUACAUUGAGGACCUCAGUUUAUUCGAUAGAUAGCUCAACCCAUCUAGAAGGAGCCCAGCGACUGUUGGAGACUCCGGUGACAUCAGCUGUUUCACCAAACGAUACAUUCAGCUUGGACGGCGUUCAUCAACUACUGAGAACACCACUUUCUACAUCUACUGUCAAGAGGAUUCUUAAAUCACCGACUAGUCCUGAUUCGACGUGUGCUCAACAGCCAAGUAGUACCAUUGAGGGUGUCAAACGGACACUAGAUACACCUAGUACUGCUGAUCUGGAGAAAGCGGAACGAUUGCUCAUGACACCGGUUGGCCACGGUUCAAACUUGGAAGGUGUUGAGCAAAUGUUCAAAACGCCAAUUGCACUAUCGACCGCACGGAAAAACGUAAGGUCUACAACUAAAGUUCCGAUGAUUAAAUUGGAUGAAAGCAGUAAUUUUGAGGGCAUACAACAGAUGCUGCAGACACCGGUGGCAUUCAUAAGCAAAGGAAGACUGUUGAGGUCUCCGGCGAACAACUCAGUAGAUGAUAGUAGCAUAAAUCUCGAAGGUAUGGAACAAUUGUUGAAAUCGCAAACUGCUAGCACUCCUAUUGUUAAAAAGACAACCGAGACUCCAGUCCCAUCUAUCGGCGUUCGAAAGAGCUUGAGAUCUUCAUCCGCAAUCAAGUUAAAUUAUACCGACCUAGACACCAGCAGCAGCCACUUGGAAGGAGUCCAAAAACUGUUGCUAAGUCCUGUUGCAACACCUAUUUCCCCGGAGAAGCAAUUGGAUGCUACCAAGGAAACUACACUUAACAAAACCGUCGAUCUAGAAGGAGUCCAACAAUUACUGAAGACGCCAGAUGAUGCUUCCGUUGCCAAGAAGGUUGACUCUGACAAGUCUAUCUGUUUGGAAAGUGUUCAGCAAUUAUUCAAAACUCCAAAUCCAAUUUCGGUUGUGAAAAGGAAGGAAAGAUCUGUCACUACUGCUGCGGUAGUAAAUCGAUGCAAUUUGGAUGAUAGUGAUGCUUUGGAAGGAAUCCAGAAUCUACUAAAAACACCAGAAGUAUCUUCAACAAUUAAGAAGCGCAUAGGAAGAGAACAUCCUGUUAGUCCUGUGAACUUGAAUGAUACGCCUAUCAACAUGGAAGGACUUAAACAACUUCUGGAAACACCGAUGGAUACCGAGAAAAAACUAGGAUCCACAUCUGCUGUAAAUGACGACACUGUCAUCUUGGAUGGUAUGCAACAAGUUUUGGGGACAACGACUUCUACGCGUGGAAACGAAUCCCAACAACAUGAUAGAACUUCCAAUCUUGAAGGCCUUCAAUCGAUGCUAUCGACGCCGAUGGCAUUAUCCAGCACAGGAAAAACGGAGCCUAAGUCAACCUCUGCAGUUGAUGGAUUGGAUCAAAAUUCCUCCCGGUCUACACCGGUUCCAGUUGUCACGAACGAAUCUGUGAGUUUGGAAGGCAUCCAACACAUGUUGGAAACGCCAAUAGUUAUGUCCACCGGCAAAAAUAUAUUGAAACGUGCCAUCGUCAACCCGAUACGUGGAACGCAAUCCAACACCUCUAAGAACACGGAAGGAAUCCAACAGCUGUUAGUCAAGCCUACUAUAAUUUCCGGUCAGAAACCAUCUGAAGAUUCUCCGAAUGAUAGUAACUUGGAAGGCAUUCAGCAGUUGUUGUUGACACCGGCGAUGACUUCCGUGAAGGUAGACGUUAGCGUUAGUGAUGCUGUGACGGAAGUAAGUACUCCAUCUAACACCAGACUCAGGCGAAAGCUCUACACCAAAAACGACCCUGAAGAUAGGACUCCGGAAUCAGUUAAAUCGCCGGAAAUGCACCCUGUCACUAGCAAAGAUUAUUUGAACAUUUUGAUUCCAAUUGCUGCAAAAGACACUAGGCUGGGUAAAAAAAUGGCGAAAUCAACAGUGUCCGACAACACAAGCAAUAAUACCAAAUCCUCCGCAGAUGAACCAAUUCGUAAAAAUCCAUCUAGAACCUCCAAGAAACACAAUUCGUUAACGGAAGAAGUACUGGCAGGUGCUUCGCCAGAAGUAACACACUUUAAACCGAAACAGCCUAAAGUCGUUGAAGAGCCUACGCCUAUAACUCCAGUCGAGGUAGUGGCUUCGACGAGCUCCAAGUCUGAUUCUGGUAUUCAAGAUCUGUCCGCGGGACGAAGAAAGGUGAUGUUUAACGAAAACCUUCAGAUUAAGGAAAUCAACUCCCCGGCACCCGUAGGCGAUAUCAUCCUGAAAGUGUCCCGGGGUCGCGGACGCAAUGCUCAGAAGGUAGUCCAGGUCAUCGUUGAGGAACCCCGUGAGCAACCUAUGAUCAAACCUGCCCGGCGUGCCACGAGAAAAGAUGCGGAGAAGGAAGAAUCAAACAAUGCGGAUGAACAGCCCAGUGUACAACUUGUUGAUGCUGAAGUGACGAAUAAUACUACUAUGACAAAACGUUCUCGGCGUGGUACAAAGAGAGUGAUGAAUGCGAUUGAAGUCUCCAACGAUGAUAUCAACAGCCAGCCCAAAGCAACUUUAGAUAGAACAAACGAGGAAUCCAAAGGUUGCACUGUUCCCGAAGUAAAUGAUAAAAGCGAAGCAGAACAAGUGGUGAAGCGUGCACGUCGAGCCGUAACGAAGAGUAAACCGGAGGCUAAAAAGACAUCAACGCGAACACGAUCCAAGAAGCUUGAUACUGUUGAGGUGCUCCACAACGAAGCAGCUGUUUCUGCAGAUCAAGUUGAGUUUUCAGCUAACCAAGAACACUCCAAUGCCACUUCAACCCCGACACCCGAACGAUCUCAAUGUGACCCACAGAAAAACAUAAGAGACAUCACAUCUCCAUUUGAACUGACACAUGAUGAACAAAGCGCUCCCGAACCUGUGGCCAAGAUAUCGGAAGAUGACCAAGUGGUCGAACCUUUGUCUGGUCGAGGCAAGCGUGUAGCGAAACAUCCCACAACUAGAUCGAAUCGGGCAAAAUCGUCCAAAAAGAACGUUUCGAAUGAAGAUUCUACUACCGAUGCACAUACUGUCAUGGAAUCAGUUGAGCAGGAAUCAACUGUAACAACAAAUAUCGAUUUGGAAGCAUCUGAUUCUGCUGCAGAACCGUUAGAAGAGAAAGCUGCACCCAAACGUACAAAACGGGCAACUGUAACCAAGAGUCGACAGCGUCGGGCUGUUGCUACUAAACCUGAAACAUCGGAUGCUAGGUCGUCCAGUGGUUUGACGCAAAUUCAGGAAGAACAAAUUCUUGAUACACCGAUACUCCAUACUCCCAUGGAUGAUGCACCCGUUGUUGAACAAGCAGCAGCAGAUUCCACCAGCCACGACGAACCGGAAACAAUCCCAGUCAAACGAGGUCGUGGACGCAAUACUCGAAAACCAGCAACGAAAUCUACGGAUGAGCCAAUUGCUGCAAUGAAAGAAGCAUCGCCGAUGCCCCCUCCUCCAGUGAUGGAUGAAACCUCCGAAAAGUUGACUUCAAAACAUGGUAGCAAGGCUCGUAAAAAGCCUGUAGUGCAAGUAGAACCAGAAGUGCAUACCACUGAAGAAUCACUGAAUGAAUCGCGUAUGGCAAGAACUAUGCUACCUGCAACGCACACGUCGACACCACUGUUGAAGAUUGAGGAAGAAAAACCCAAGUCUACACGAGGUCGUACGCGAAAGAUUGUGAAUCCAACUGUUGCUGCACUAAUCGCGGAAGAAUCUACUCCAAACAGACGUUCCCCAAGGAGCCGUCAAGCUGGUUCUGAAAGUAGAACGCAGGACAGUCAGAAUGCAACAGAUGCAGAAGAACCUAAAAUCAAACGAUCUCGAACUCGCACCGCCGCUAAAAUAAAUUUGAAUGACGAUUCAAAAGACCAUCCACCAACCGACGAAAACAUUUCUACUGCCACCGAGGACGGCACAUCAAAUGACAAAAAGCCAUCACGAAUUCCUGCCAAGCGAGGACGGGGAAAAACUGAUCAGACUAAAACAGAGCCAGUGGUUGUGAAGGAAGUAGCACCAAAGCGCAUUCGAAAACUGCCAGCAAAGCUGCAAGUUACUGACUCUGUUUAUGUACCAACCAGUAACGAUACUGAGACCGACACUGACAAAGCUGAUCCAGAAAUUCCACCUUCGCGCAGCCGACGUGGUGGUACAAAACAUAUAAAACAAAAGGCGGAUACAUCGUCCACACCAGUAGUCGAAUCCAACGAUAAUACUAACGAUGUCGAAAAGAAGCCAUCAAAGGGUCGGAAACCAGCGGUUAAACGACCUGCUACGCGUAAAAAGACAGCUCACGUUCCAGAAGAAGAGGCAGAUGCUGAUGGAUCAGCAACCGCCAAGGAAAUUCAAAAAGACGAAGAACCAGUGGUGGAAAGUUUCGAAAAUGCCACGGCCACAACCAGUCGCAGGCGACCAUUGCGAUCGCGAAAGUGAAUCCGUUGUUGAAGGAGUCGUCAUCGAAAGGGAUCUCUUUUCUUAAUUUUAUUUCUUUUUUUUUUAAAUUUAGAUGGUAAUGUCACCGUGAGUGAAUGUUUCAUAUGACUUUAUUUUAACUGUUAUUUUAUAUUUUAACCCUUUUAUUCAAAAACAAACUGAACUUUUGUAUUUUAUAACCUAAGUACCUAUACACAAUAAAAUUUGUUU